AUGUAUAACGCAGACGAGGUCGUGCUGGACGCCCACCACCUGCGGCGUGGCCGCAUGGUGCAGGUGUUUCGCCCUGACGGCAGCGACCUCUUCGUCUGCCGCCCGCAGCAGCUGCGGCGGAGGCCGAGGAAAACGGAGCGCUCCGUGGAGCCUGACGUCCUCUGGGUGCGGCAGGAGGGCAGCGAGGAGCGGGCCAGGCCCAUGACGGUGCUGCUGGACACCGGCGCCCAAGGCUUCCACGUGUCUGAAAGACGCCGCAAGCUGCUCCUCGCGAGCAGGAAAGGCCGCAGGCCGCCCAAGCGCGUCGUGCUGGACUUGGGCGACGGCUGGCGCGUGAACACCGCGCCGCUGAAGGAGGUGCCCUGCAACGACCAUGACUUCAUCAUGGGGGUCUCUCUCCUGUGCAAGUACGGCGCCGUGCUGGACCACGCCCGCCACACGCUCGCCUUCAAGACCGGCUCCAAGUGGCGGGAGGUCAGCACACAAGGCCCCCAGCAGGCGGUGGUCAGCACACAAAGGUUCCACUAAGCGGCUCGUCGGGAACAAGGUGGUGGAGGCGUGUGAGGAUAACAGUUACAUGGCACACUAAAC